UGAUGUUGGGGAAACUGCCAUUAGACGUGCGGGGCUCCUUGAGAAGCCUGCUGGAUGUGUGGAUGUGGCAGGCUGAUACUAGUUGAAUCUGGGGCGCACAGCUGGACAAUUAUCUGACUUGACAGAUGCCGUACCUAAUUAGUCUUUUUAAAAAUAGUGUUACUUUCAUUUUUAUUGUCUGGCAACGGUUUGAUCGCUUUGUUCGGAUGCAGAAACACCUCCAGCCACAGUCCAGAUUUGACUGGUCUUCGUCGGGUUGAACAAUUAACCGUAUCCAGUCACAGAGCAUGUUUACCCUACGACCAUAGGCAGAAAGCAGCUAUUUCAAAUAUAAACAUGGCAGCAGAGCUAUCCACUUCCAUAAACAUCAAGGAGCCCCGGUGGGACCAGAGCACAUUUGUGGGUCGGGCUAAACAUUUCUUCACCGUCACGGACCCCAGGAACAUUCUCCUCACCAACGAACAACUAGCACAUGCACACAAAGUCAUCACUGACUACAGGAAAGGUGAAGUCUCUCCAGGACUGACAGAAGAUGAACUGUGGAGAGCCAAAUAUGUUUUUGACUCUGCUUUCCAUCCUGAUACUGGGGAGAAGAUGAUCUUAAUUGGUCGCAUGUCAGCGCAGGUUCCAAUGAACAUGACGAUCACUGGAUGCAUGAUGACAUUUUACAAGACAACUCCAGCUGUGCUGCUCUGGCAGUGGAUCAAUCAGUCUUUCAAUGCAAUAGUCAAUUACACCAACAGGAGCGGCGAUGCUCCUCUCACUGUCAGUCAGCUUGGCACAGCUUAUGUGUCUGCCACCACAGGGGCGGUUGCCACCGCUCUAGGACUAAAUGCACUAACAAAGCACAUCUCACCCCUGAUUGGACGGUUUGUUCCAUUUGCUGCUGUAGCUGCUGCUAACUGUAUCAACAUCCCACUGAUGAGACAAAGAGAACUUAAACACGGCAUUCCCAUAACAGAUGAGAACGACAACAGGUUAGGAGAGUCGACGAAAGCUGCACAGCAGGCUAUCUCUCAGGUCGUGGUCUCCAGAAUCCUCAUGGCUUCUCCAGGAAUGGCUAUCCCCCCGUUUUUAAUGAACCAUUUGGAAAAGAAGGCCUUUCUGAGGAAGUUUCCAUGGAUGAGUGCACCUAUUCAAGUCGGCCUGGUGGGAUUCUGCCUGGUGUUUGCCACUCCACUGUGCUGCGCAUUGUUCCCUCAGAAGAGCUCUAUAUCAGUCAGCCGCCUGGAGCCGGAGCUGCAGGAGAAAAUCCGGGCCAACCACCCAGGAGUGGAGAGGGUCUACUUCAACAAAGGGUUAUGAGUGUGCAGCCCCCUCAUCCAAACACUGCCAUAACACAGCUGCAGGCUCAGUCCUCGCCUCUCUGCCAGCCCUCCUCAUUCAGUGUGCCAAAGUUAAGUUUGUGUCUCCUCGUUUCCACCAUUCAGAUGGAUAUCUGAGGACUCCCUCUCUGUCAGUCUCUUUGUAACGAGAUGUUUGCUUUUGUCAAUGUGAUUGUUGAUUUUAUUGUAACUGCUAGAGAAGAUUUUCUCCGACUGGGCCGGAUGAAAAGUACGAUGUUUAUCCUGACAGAUGCUGUAUAGUGGACAUGUUUUUUUACUGUGCAGUAUUUUUAAGUUGGUGACUUGUCAAUGGCAUGUCGCCGCCAAACCAUUUUCAUACUCUCCUACCUGAGGUUGGCAGUCAGUUUGUUUCUUACCUGCAUUAUAAUUGAUUAUAAUCUGACCUCUGCAGUUCAUGCAUUUGCCAAAUCUGUACUCGCAUACUCUCGACAGUGUUAUUUCUAAUAAUGGCAUUCAGUUCAUUUAGCCAAAUGAGUGACAUUUAGUGAGCCUCGAGGCCUCUUGACAUCUAAUCAUGAAUCUGAAAACAACUCUCCAGGGAUCCACCCUUUAAAAUGUGAUGCUACGAUGGUGGCAACCAUCGAUGGGCCAACACGGUGCUAUUUGAUGUCUUAAUAAUCAGUGUUUAUCAUACUAUUUAUUCAGCUUGCCAAACAUGCAUGAACAAACCUCGUUCAAAAACUCAAAACUCGUAUGAUUUAACCUCUGUGAAAAACAUUUUCUUCUGUAUAUUUAGUCACAGAGGCCACACUCAGGAGAGCUGAACAGUGGUGGGAAAACAAUGUGCCAUUAAUGAUAAUCUUUGCCAAACACACUGGUUCUCACUUCCAUAAUCUUCAAUUGUUAAUCCAGGAUUUUGUGAUCACCAUACUUCAAAACUCGACAACUCAUUCAUGCCUUACACAAACGUGUAUAGUAUCUAUCUUCUGUACUUUAAUGCAGCAUCCUAAGAGGCUUGAUUAGUACCGCACAAAGUGACACAUUUCAGCAUUAUGUGGCAGUUUCAUCACAUUGUUUUCAAGGUGUUAUUGCACACUAAUACAUAUAUUAGAUAUGGAUGUCAGUAUUGGAAAAACAAUACCAAAAACAUUUCAAGAUAGUAUUUUUAAAGGAAAGGAUGAUUUAUACAGAGACUGAUCCAUCUCAGCAAUAUGUGUUUUAAUUAUGACUGCCAUUGUGAACUCAACCUGCUGUGUGGACAAAUCACAGAGCAGACUGCAUACCACAGUUAAAGUAAGAAAUAUGCUCAUCCUCGUUAUGACAUACGGUUACAUCAGCACUCAUGAGAGAUAAAGCAGACACAGUCUGAUGUUAUAACCUUUGUUCUGUACCUGCAGUAUGAUUAUGCCUCAUCUGGUAUGUUUGGAAACAGUGGGUGUAACCUGUGUUGAGUGGGCUUGCAGGUUUAUAAAGCUGAUGGUGUGCCACAUGCCAGAUUUAAUUAUUGGACAUUAUAAAAUUGUGGAGUGGAAAAAGAUGGACUUGAAGCCACAAAAGCAACAAGCAGUAUUGAGAAAACCUAUCCACAUUUUGAAAAUUUUAAAAUGAUUUUAGGAUUGUGUGUGUGUGUGUGUGUGUGUGUGUGUGUGUGUGUGUGUGUGUGUGUGUGUGUGUGUGUGUGUGUGUGUGUGUGUGUGUGUGUGUGUGUGUGUGUGUGUGUGUGUGUGUGUGUGUGUGUGUGUGUGUGUGUGUGUGUGUGUGUGUGUGUGUGUGUGUGUGUGUGUGUGUGUGUGUGUGUGUGUGUGUGUUAAAAAUUAUUUGGUUCAAAUAACGCAAAUGUUUACAUUUCAAACGCUUGUGAACAAUGAUUUGAUUUCAUUGCAUCUUUUGCUCAUCAUGGUGUGUAAUUUCUGUAGGGUGUUAAAUGUUUAAUAUACUGUAAAUCUACUUACAUAUAUUGCUGUAUAAGUAACUUCACUUUAGUUCGUCAGUGUUUCCAGAGAGAUGUGUUGGAGUUGGAGCUGUUCUCUAGCUGGUUUGAAGUGAAGUUUGUUAUUCUAGUGUUAAAGGUAACUGAAUGUACCAUUUUCUAAUUCCAGCAGUUUACGCUGUGUUAGUCCAGAAAAGCACAAUAUGGUAACAGAUUUUAAAUGCUGCAAAUUUGGAAAACUUGUUAAAACCGUUCAGUUUCCUGACCACACUUUCUAGCACAUCAGUGAGGGAGUAAGAAAAGAUGAUACAAACUCAACUUGCCCUUUGGUAGACGUCGUUUCCCUUAACCUCUGACUGCAUCUAAUGAGAACUAAGUCCCCUUUAAUGUGUGAAGAAAUAUUCAAUUAACUACCUAAUACAUACCAUGUGAAAAAGCUUCAAUCUACCAAAUGAGAUAAAAUGUCACUACAGCCAAAGCGAUACAAAUCAAUUCAGAAGGAAGAAGUCAUUUACACUUUGCUUUCAUUUUGAAAAAUGAUUAAGAAAUGGUAUCUGUUUUUGCAGUACACUGGGGUGAUGUGAUGUUUAGACUAACUGGAUGAAAUAAAGUUGAUGAAAUCUUG